UGUUGAAUUUGUUUCUGAAUUUAGGGGAGGAAUCCUGGACGGAACAUAUAGGAAACAGUUUUUAAAGCUGUAGAUCCUUCUGACAUUAGGAUUAGUGGUGACACUGCCAGGAAAAAAAAAUAAAAUAAAUGCUGAUGUUGGAUCUUGCCAAAAAUCUUGUCAAGAGUGUGGAUUGUCUCACACAGAACGGAGAUGUGGCUUUUGAUUCUGGUGGCGUAUUUGUUCCAAAGAAAUGUGAAUUCAGGAUGUAUGCCAACUAAAGCUGCGGAUCCGGAAGCAUUCAUGAAUAUUAGCGAAAUCAUCCGACAUCAAGGCUACCCUUGUGAAGAGUAUGAGGUUGUGACAGAAGAUGGGUACAUCCUUUCAGUUAACAGAAUUCCUCAAGGCCCAGCGCAGCUUAAGAAAACAGGUCCGAGGCCAGUGGUAUUACUGCAGCAUGGCCUGAAUGGGGACGCCAGCCACUGGAUCUUCAACCUGCCCAACAGCAGCCUGGGCUUCAUUCUGGCAGACGCCGGUUUUGACGUGUGGCUGGGGAAUAGCAGGGGGAACACCUGGUCUCGUAAACACAAGACCCUCUCCGUAGACCAAGAUGAGUUCUGGGCUUUCAGUUAUGAUGAGAUGGCUAGGUUUGACCUUCCUGCAGUCAUAAACUUUAUUUUGCACAAAACCGGCCAGGAAAAGAUCUACUAUGUCGGCUAUUCACAGGGCACCACCAUGGGCUUUGUUGCUUUUUCCACCAUGCCAGAACUGGCUCAGAAAAUCAAAAUGUAUUUUGCUUUAGCGCCCAUAGCCACUAUUAAACAUGCAACAAGCCCUGGUACCAAAUUUUUGUUGCUGCCGGAUAUGAUGAUCAAGGGACUGUUUGGCAGAAAAGAAUUUCUGUACCAGACCAGAUUCUUCAGACAGUUUGCUAUUUACCUGUGUGGUCAGAUGAUUAUGGAUCAGAUUUGUAGCAACUUCUUGUUUCUUAUGGGAGGAUUUAAUACAAACAAUAUGAACAUGAGCCGAGCAAAUGUGUAUGUCGCUCACAUUCUGGGCGGGACGUCCGUGCAAAAUAUCCUACACUGGAGCCAGGCAAUGAAUUCUGGGGAAUUCCGGGCAUUUGACUGGGGGAAUGAGACCAAAAAUCUGGAGAAAGGCAAUCAGCCAACUCCCGUAAGGUACAAGGUCAGAGAUAUGAUGGUCCCCACCGCAGUGUGGACGGGGGGUCAGGACUGGCUUUCAAAUCCAGAGGACGUGAAGACGCUGCUCUCCGAGGUGACCAAUCUCAUCUACCAUAAGAACAUUCCUGAGUGGGCACAUGUGGAUUUCAUCUGGGGCUUGGAUGCUCCUCACCGUAUGUACAAUGAGAUCAUACAUCUGAUGAAGCAGGAGGAGACCAGCUUCUCCCGGGGAAAGUGCGAGAUCAGGCUGUGAAGCAUCCGAUACUGAUGAGUCUUAGGAUUU